AUGGCGCCCAAUGAAGCCGCGCUGGAAGCGAUAAGGCUGGUGCGAGCCCAGGGAUACGCGGAAAAGGUUGAAGUGAGGCCGUCAGCGGUCGUGGAGAGUGUGGAGGUGGAUUGUCCAGGAGGUCCAUACACCUGCUUCAUUUGCACAGAGGCCAAAGACGCUUCAGAACGAUUUCUUCCACACAG